ACGCAUAUUCUUGGAGCUGAACCCUUGCAAAGCGUCGGUGGCGUGCACAAUCCACACAAUCAAUCAGUCAGCUUUCGGGCGCUUUGUAAGUUGCUUCUUUUAGUUUUGCGUUAUAGAAUCGUAGAACACGUAAAAGCAAACUAAAUCAAACCUUGAAAAGUGGAAGAAGAGAAACUUAACAGUUGCAUAUAUUUAACAAUAUUCCAUAUUUUAUCAAGUUUAUUAUUUACUGUUACUUGAAAAGUCCCUAGUAUAAUAAUUAUUACAUCUAAAGUGCUCAACAUUUAUGCUGUUUCGACUUUAUUGUUUCAAAUAAAAUUGAAGCAAUCACUGCUGCUCAUAUACACACAAUUAUAAAUGCGUUAUUUCGUAAUAAACAUCAUACAAAGUAAUGAACACAAAUGCUAACCUACUGUUAUAACGUCGACAAUUUUUUUGGAGAGUGGCAGUUUUUUUGUGUUGACAAAGAGUUAUUAUUGUUGUAAUAAAAUCAUUAAGUAACGAUAUAAUUUUAUUGAAAAUCAUCGUAGUAUUUUUUUAUUGAAAUAGUGAAUUAAUAGUAUCGACCAAGCAGUAGUCGUAAUAAUAAUAAUAAUAAUAACAAAGGAGAAAAGUGAAAAUACAGACACAAACGAACAAAAAAAAAAGAGAGAUAUAUAACACAAUACACAAAGAAGUGAAAAUUGUGAGAGGAGAAACGAGCCAAAGAAGAAGAAGCUGGCUGGAUCUGUAGACUCUAAGUAUUAUAUACUGAAUCAGUUGACGCGGUUUCACAAAGGAAAGUUGUUGGAGUGUAAUUGUGCGUAAAUAAAAAAAAAAAGAAUUUUCAUUCAAGUAAAUUAUUAAUAAUAAUCGAUUAUCAACAUGUCUACUGCUGUUAUGAGCACACCAAUGUUCGACUGUAAUGAACAUCUUUUUAAGAAUGCUGGAACACAAUCCAAGUCGAAGGAACCAAUGCCAACGACUCAUACAACAGGAGGUCAUGCACCUCUUCGACGCAGCUACACAUCACUUGUAACACUGAUCGAACAACACCGCAAGUUGGACCGUAGCGUGAGUGAACCAACGUCCCGCUAUAAGACCGAACUUUGUCGUCCAUUCGAAGAGUCUGGUUCUUGCAAAUAUGGUGACAAAUGUCAAUUUGCUCAUGGCUACAGUGAGCUACGUAAUUUGACACGUCAUCCUAAGUAUAAGACAGAACUCUGUCGCACUUUUCAUACAAUUGGCUUCUGUCCAUACGGCCCACGCUGUCAUUUCAUUCAUAAUUUUGAGGAAGCUAGAAUUCAUAAUCAAAAAGUUAGCGCACAAUUAGGUAGUGCACAGCCUAAUAUUGUAGGACUAAGUCCACUAUUAAAUGUAAGCGCAGCGGCAGCAGCAGCAGCAGCUAACCUCAACGUCAAUACCAUUUCCUUAUUGGAACAAAUAGCUACUACACCACAGACUAUACCCAAUGCAGCAGUAAAUAAUACGCAAUCGCCACUGUUGAGAACCAAUUCUUUGAGCAUAGGUACUCACCAGACUGCGUUCACUGGUAACAAUCCACCAUUGUUCAGAACCAGUUCACUCAAUCUGCCAAGUACCCACCACCAUCAUCAUCAACAGCAGCAAAAUAAUUUACACUCUCAUCAUCAUCAAACUAACUCUGUGAUUGGUGCUGCACGACCAAAGCCUCUUAACCUCAGUCCAACAUUUUCACUUGGAAGCAAUGCUGAGUCUGUAUCACCUUCUUCAAGCCUCAGCCAGUCUCCCACUAAUUCGAUGGUUAGCUUCUUCAGUGAUGACUGUGGUAAUAAUCCAGCUUCUACUGCCUUUAGUUUUGGUCAAGAUUUUGGACUUCUUGCAACGAGGCACAGUCCAAGUCCACCAAGCAUUGCCAACCAAAUUUCUGAUGAUCUCAUGCCGAGAACUCCAUCUCCAUUGUCUCCAAACACUGAGUCCAGGCUUCCAGUCUUCAAUAGAAUUAGCAGUAUCAUUGGUGAUAUCGAUAAUCUCAAGAUGUAAUUUACGACCAUUUUCUCUUUCAUUUAUGUUUUUUUUUUUUUUAAAUUCCUUUCUUUACUCUGUCUAAUACUUCUCUUUUACUACUUUCAUACUUUCUCGUCAUUUCGAUGAUGAUCUAAUCUAAUGAUUAUCAUGACCAAGUAAAUUAACAUUGCAAUUUUUACUUGGACUUAUUUAUCAGUUAUGAUAUAAAUCUUGUUGUCUUAAAAUAGACAAUAUAUAUAUAAUACAUAUUAUUUCACUUUUACUUUUCUACGUUUCUACAGCGCAUUGACUAUUUAAAUAUUUUCUGUAGCAUAUUUUUAUUUAAUUAUUUUAUUAAUCGAUUAAUUAAUUAUUUACGAUUGUUUUUUCACGAUGAAAAAGAAAAGAAAAAAAAAAACUGUGCUACAAGACAAAAUAGAUGACACAGAAAUGAUUUAAAAAUCAUUGUUCUAGUUGGAGAAUUUUUUUUUAUUAUGAAUCUUUUGCUAUAUUCGGACAUCUGUGCUUGCGCAGUUUUUAUAUUUCGAUUAUUGGAAAAAGUUUCAGAGGAAUUCCUUAACUAGAACAUUAAGCAUGCAGUACGAUUCUAGAUAAAUAUAUUAAUCUUUAAAUGAUUAAGAAAAUGAAUGGUGAUUGUCUUCCAAUGUUUUGUUUAAGUGAUAAUGAAUGUGAUCAGAACACAACUCAAAAUGCUUCAUAAUAAUAACACAUAAUUGGCGUGUAAAAAUUUUUUUUUUUCUUAUAGAUUGAUCACUCGAUACUAAAUCAAA